AAAAGAAUAGUGUUCGUAAGGUAUUCAUUCUCGUUGUUUAUUCGGCAUUUAAUUGGUAUUGGUAUAUAUACUGAUAUACACAUAAUCCGUGACGGCCACCGAAGGCAGUGCAGUGCAACCAUGGAAAAGGCAGAUUCGUCGUCCUCUUCAGACGGAGACGCGUCCUCAGAAGCCGCACCGUCAUCGUUGGUGUCCAUUGCGGAGAAUCUUCAACGUUCCGCCAUUCAAUCUGCUCGAAAUGUGCAACAUAGCUCUUCAACUCAUUUCCGUGCCUUUCAGGAUUUUUUACCAGAAGCAGUAUCACAGUAUAGAACAUAUGAAGAUGCCUUCUUCAACAAAGUUAAAGAUGGAUUGUUGACUGCAAAGGAAUAUCCAGCUUUAGGUGCUGGUUUAGCUAUUUCUGCUGCCCUUCUGGCCAUGCGAGCUCCAAGAAGAUUUCUGUUUCGUCAUACAUUUGGUCGAUUUCAGAGUGAGGAGACACGAUAUGCUAGAACUGAGAAAAAUGUAAAGGACUUGAACCUUUCACUGGAUUUACUGAGGAAGGAAAGUGUGAAAUUGCUUCAAAGGACAGCUCUUGCUGAGAAAGAAAUGAAAUAUGGGCAUACCGAACUAGUGGGCGCUGGAACCCAAUUUCAACAGCUGGCAAAAUCAGCAUACAAGGUUGAAACCCGAGCUGCUGAUUUGCUAGACAAGCUGCGGUAUAUACCAAGUCGUGAGUCACUGGCACUUCGAGCUGAGGUUGCUUCUAUGGCUUCAACUUUGAACCGGCAGCGAUCUGCGCUGAACAAACGGAUAGUGAAGAUCAACGAGUUAGGGGUUCCUGUGUGAAUGAAUUAAUAGACAGUUUGUGGACCUUCUCUUGAUGUACACCCAUCACCCCAGUUUUCUUGAAUAAAUCCUCUUAAUGCAGACCCAUGUCCCGGGACAUCUUUUUGUUUUCAAUUAUUCACAAUAUUUUGUGCAAUUUACUAUUUUUAACGAUAAAACAAAUUAUGUACUAUUAUUUUACAUUAAUAUCUCACUUUAUUUCUUUU